AUGAGGCCGUUCUCGAAGAACGAUCGACGCCGGUGGUCGUUCGAUUCCGUUUCCGCCGGCAAUAUCGGGAGUGCAUCUACUUCUCCGGGAACCGAAUGUUCCAACGGUGGUUACAGUCAAGAGUUCGUCGAGGUAACGAUCGAUCUUCAAGACGACGACACGAUCGUUCUCCGAAGCGUCGAGCCAGCAACCGCCAUUAUCGACAUCUCCGAUAUUGAAACCGCCUCGACCUCUGGAGGCGGAGGCGGAGGAGGGAUGUUGACUCCGGUUUCGAUUUCGAGAUCUCCGACGAUGAAGCGCACUUCGUCGAAUCGGCUCCGUCAAUUCUCUCACGAGCUGAAGGCGGAAGCAGUCGCGAAGGCGAAGCAGCUAUCGCAGGAGCUGAGGCGAUUCUCCUGGUCUCGGUCAUUCUCCGGCACUUUAUCCGCCGCGAAUCAGACCGGAGGUUUAGUGAACUCGGCUCUAGAGGCUCGCGCGUUGCGGAAACAGCGAGCUCAGCUGGAUCGGACUCGGUCGAGUGCGCAGAGAGCUCUCCGUGGAUUGAGAUUCAUCAGCAGCAACGAGAAUAAGAACGUCGACGCCUGGAACGAUGUUCAAUCCAAUUUCGAGAAACUCUCCAAAAACGGUUUCGUCUAUCGCUCCGAUUUCGCUCAUUGCAUAGGAAUGAAAGAUUCGAAGGAAUUUGCACUCGAACUGUUCGACGCAUUGAGCAGGAGAAGAAGAUUGAAAGUUGAGAAGAUCAGUCACGACGAGCUUUACGAGUAUUGGUCACAAAUCAACGACGAGAGCUUCGAUUCUCGUCUCCAGAUCUUCUUCGACAUAGUGGACAAGAACGAAGAUGGGAGAAUUACAGAAGAGGAAGUUAAGGAGAUUAUAAUGCUGAGUGCAUCUGCAAAUAAGCUAUCAAGAUUGAAGGAACAAGCAGAGGAAUAUGCAGCUUUGAUCAUGGAAGAGCUAGAUCCUGAAAGACUUGGCUACAUAGAGCUAUGGCAACUAGAGACUCUGCUACUACAAAAAGACACAUACCUAAAUUACAGUCAAGCAUUGAGCUACACAAGCCAAGCAUUGAGCCAAAACCUUCAAGGGUUGAGAAGAAACAGCAGAAUCCAUCGAAUGGGCUCGGACUUCGUCUACUUCAUGCAAGAGAAUUGGAAAAGGAUAUGGGUUUUGUCCUUAUGGAUCAUGAUCAUGAUCGGACUGUUCUUGUGGAAAUUCUUCCAGUACAAGCAAAAAGAUGCAUUUCGUGUGAUGGGUUAUUGUUUACUCACGGCGAAAGGAGCUGCUGAAACACUUAAAUUCAACAUGGCUCUCAUACUUUUCCCGGUUUGCAGAAACACAAUCACUUGGCUUAGAUCCACAAGACUCUCUUACUUCGUUCCUUUUGAUGAUAACAUCAACUUCCACAAGACAAUUGCAGGAGCCAUUGUAGUAGGUGUGAUACUUCAUGUAGGAGACCAUCUUGCUUGUGAUUUCCCAAGAAUCGUUAAAGCCAGUGAAUACGAUUACAAUCGUUACUUAUUUCAUUACUUCCAACAGAAGAAACCGACGUACUUCGACCUCAUUAAAGGACCUGAAGGAAUCACAGGGAUUUUAAUGAUCAUUUUGAUGGCUAUUUCAUUCACAUUAGCAACAAGAUGGCUUAGACGUAACCUUGUCAAGCUUCCAAAGCCAUUUGAUCGACUCACUGGAUUUAACGCCUUUUGGUAUUCGCAUCAUUUGUUCGUCAUUGUCUAUAUCUUGCUUAUACUUCACGGUAUCUUCCUCUAUUUCGCCAAGCCUUGGUAUGUUCGCACGACAUGGAUGUAUCUUGCAGUACCAGUUUUACUCUAUGGUGGAGAAAGAACACUUCGUUACUUCCGUUCUGGUUCUUAUUCUGUUCGGCUUCUUAAGGUUGCAAUAUAUCCUGGUAAUGUUUUGACGCUGCAAAUGUCGAAACCAUCUCAAUUUCGAUACAAAAGCGGUCAAUACAUGUUCGUUCAGUGUCCUGCGGUUUCGCCAUUCGAAUGGCAUCCAUUCUCUAUCACAUCAGCACCUGAAGAUGAUUAUAUCAGUAUUCACAUUAGACAACUCGGAGAUUGGACUCAAGAACUCAAAAGAGUGUUCUCUGAAGUUUGUGAGCCACCCGUUGCUGGUAAAAGUGGACUUCUUAGAGCCGACGAAACAACAAUGAAAAGUUUGCCAAAGCUAUUGAUAGAUGGACCGUACGGUGCACCAGCACAAGACUACAAAAAAUAUGAUGUUCUCUUGUUAGUUGGUCUUGGCAUCGGUGCAACUCCAUUCAUCAGUAUCUUGAAAGAUUUGCUUUUCAACAUUGUUAAAAUGGAAGAGCAAGCGGAUUCGAUCUCGGAUUUCAGUAGAUCAUCGGAGCAUAGCAUAGGAAGCAACAGUGACACCAAUAAUAAUAAUACACCGAGACGAAAGAGAAUACUAAAGACAACAAAUGCUUACUUCUAUUGGGUCACAAGAGAACAAGGCUCUUUUGAUUGGUUUAAAGGCGUCAUGAACGAAGUCGCAGAGCUUGACCAACGGGGUGUGAUAGAGAUGCAUAACUAUUUGACAAGUGUGUAUGAAGAAGGUGAUGCUCGUUCUGCUCUCAUCACAAUGGUUCAAGCUCUUAACCAUGCCAAAAAUGGUGUCGACAUUGUCUCUGGCACUAGGGUCAGGACACACUUUGCAAGACCCAAUUGGAAUAAGGUUCUCUCGAAACUAAGUUCCAAACAUUGCAAUGCAAGAAUAGGAGUGUUUUAUUGUGGAGUACCGGUUCUAGGCAAAGAGCUAAGCAAACUUUGCAACACAUUCAACCAAAAAGGUUCAACGAAGUUCGAGUUUCACAAGGAGCAUUUCUAA